AUGGUCUCGAUCGACGACGAAGACGAUCACAAUCACCAUAAUGCCGAAACUGAAAGAACAUCAGGAAAAACCACACUACAGACUCUCAAAACAAGCAGUGGUGACUACCGCCGCUGCACUGCGACUUACAGCGACAACAAACGCAAUACAACUUAUUCACAUUUCUUACGCAAAACACGAAGAAAAAGCAGCAAUCGUAGCUUUAAAGCAUCCACGCCUACGUCGAAUAUACGUAAGUGUCAAGCGCUAAGCGCCUACUGGCAUAAUAUACUGACUUCACGUAGCAAAAGCUUUAUCGGCAACACACGAGUGGGCAGCUUUCACAUUACGCAAAGUUUAGAAAGCUUGGCAGCUACUGAAAGCGAUGUCAAAAGGAAGGCAAGCAAUACCUGUACCAACAACAAUCCGUUAAGCUUCGAAGGUGCGCGAAAUUGCCACGAAUGCCCUGAAAUGAAGCUAGAAUGGAAUGUAAAACGCAGCAAGAGUGAAACUAGUUUAAGCAAUAAUUGCAGCGAAGGAGCUUUCAAGCACACACCAAGUUGUUGCAGUAGUGAAAGUGAAAGCGCUUUGAAGGAGUGUAAGCUUCGAGCAAGCGAAGUAGAAGUGAACCUAAAGCAUUUUAAAAGCAGCGUGAGCAGCAAUAAAGCUAAUUGCGACAGCGCCAGCGGCAGCAGCAGCAGAAGCGGCCAUAAUAGACAUACCAAAUGCGCUUGGACUGACAGAAGCAAGAGCUACGUAACCGGAAGCAAUAAUAGAGAGACAAAUGGCAGCUAUCGCAGAAGACCACAAACCAUUGAAAGACUGUGCAAACGCAAAAAAAGACGCUUGCGGCGGCGUCGAAAAAGAAAAGAAUACACUAGUCAACAAAGUGAGGAGGAGAAAAAUCCGAAAUAUACAAUAGCAACAACUAGCGAGCAAGUAGCAACAACAUAUACAACAAUUUUAUCACCAGUAGUGGCAUUUAAUGUACACGAAACUCAUAAAAGUGCAAUUGAUUCACACGCACAACCGGUAACAGCAACAACAGCAGCAACUACACAUCACGACACGCUUGGCGGCGUGUCAACAAUAGCAGAAUUGUCAUCAACAUCAAAUACAACAGAAAUGCACAAAGAUACAUUGCCAGCUACAGCGACACUUCCCAAAUUCACCGAUUGUCAUAAGCACAGCAAUAAAAGUUGCUGCAGUGGCAAUUCAACUGGUGUGCAACAACACUCAAGAAGUAGCAAUAAAAUGGCGACAAUAAAUACGUGCUCAGCAGCCGUAGCAGCGACAUCUUCACUUUCAUCUGCAGCAUGCGACGCUGCAUCGCCUGCCAUAUGCUUGUCGGCCUUUUACGCCACCACCACGUUGCGCCUAUUUUUAACUACAUUGACAACACUCAUUGCCAGCACAACACCAACAACAUUCACAGCUACAAAAUACUCAUGGAUAUUUUUAUGGAUAUAUGUGAAUUUAACUGCUAGAGUUGGUCUAGCAGGAUAUCAUGAAAAGAGACUGCUACAUGAUCUUUUAGAUCCUUAUAAUACCCUAGAGCGUCCGGUUUUAAACGAGUCGGAUCCGUUACAAUUAAGCUUUGGUUUAACUUUAAUGCAAAUAAUCGACGUGGAUGAGAAGAAUCAAUUGCUCGUCACGAAUGUUUGGUUGAAAUUGGAGUGGAACGAUAUGAAUCUGCGUUGGAAUACAUCCGAUUAUGGCGGUGUUAAAGAUUUACGUAUUCCGCCGCAUCGGAUAUGGAAACCGGAUGUGCUGAUGUACAACAGCGCCGACGAGGGUUUCGAUGGCACAUAUCAAACGAAUGUGGUGGUGCGCAAUAACGGUUCGUGCUUGUAUGUGCCACCAGGCAUUUUCAAGUCCACUUGCAAAAUCGACAUCACGUGGUUUCCGUUCGAUGAUCAACGCUGCGAAAUGAAGUUCGGCAGCUGGACUUACGAUGGAUUUCAGCUGGACUUGCAAUUACAAGAUGAAACUGGCGGUGAUAUCAGCAGUUACGUGCUCAACGGCGAGUGGGAACUAUUGGGUGUUCCAGGCAAACGUAACGAGAUUUACUACAACUGCUGCCCCGAACCGUACAUCGACAUCACAUUUGCCAUCAUCAUCCGGCGUCGUACGCUGUAUUAUUUUUUUAAUUUGAUUAUACCUUGCGUACUGAUCGCAUCAAUGGCGCUGUUGGGUUUUACGCUACCACCAGAUUCGGGAGAAAAACUGUCAUUGGGUGUCACAAUUCUACUCUCGCUCACUGUCUUCCUCAACAUGGUGGCUGAAACAAUGCCCGCCACAUCCGAUGCCGUGCCACUCUUAGGUACAUAUUUCAAUUGCAUAAUGUUUAUGGUAGCUUCAUCCGUUGUGUCAACGAUUUUAAUAUUAAAUUAUCAUCAUCGAAAUGCUGAUACGCACGAAAUGUCCGAAUGGAUACGCAUCGUAUUUUUAUGUUGGCUGCCAUGGAUUCUACGCAUGAGUCGUCCUGGUAGGCCACUCAUAUUGGAAUUUCCUACGACACCCUGCUCGGACACAUCAUCGGAACGGAAACAUCAGAUACUGUCCGAUGUUGAAUUGAAGGAGCGCUCUUCGAAAUCGCUGCUCGCCAAUGUGCUCGACAUCGAUGAUGAUUUCCGACACAACUGCCGCCCGAUGACGCCCGGCGGCACCUUACCGCACAAUCCCGCUUUCUAUCGCACCGUUUAUGGUCAAGGUGAUGAUGGCAGCAUCGGUCCGAUCGGUAGCACCCGCAUGCCGGACGCCGUUACGCAUCAUACGUGUAUCAAAUCAGCAACGGAAUAUGAACUAGGUUUAAUUUUGAAGGAAAUUCGCUUUAUAACCGAUCAGCUACGUAAAGAAGACGAGGAAAAUGACAUUGCCAAUGAUUGGAAAUUCGCAGCUAUGGUCGUUGACAGACUGUGCCUUAUCAUAUUCACAAUGUUCACAAUAUUAGCCACAAUAGCUGUACUACUAUCAGCACCACAUAUUAUUGUCUCGUAG